CUACACGCGGCGGUGUGCGGUGGCAGCAGCGGUUGUAAACUAUAAACUUCCUGCAUGAACAUCCGGUGUUUCUCUUCCGCCGGUCCAAGUCAAGAUGGGGCGAGUCAGGACCAAGACAGUUAAGAAGGCCGCCAGGGUCAUCAUUGAGAAAUACUACACACGCCUGGGCAGUGACUUCCACACCAACAAGAGGGUGUGCGAGGAGAUCGCCAUCAUCCCCAGCAAGCCUCUGCGCAACAAAAUUGCAGGGUAUGUGACGCAUCUGAUGAAGCGCAUCCAGCGCGGUCCAGUCAGAGGAAUCUCCAUCAAGCUGCAGGAGGAGGAGAGAGAGAGGAGGGACAACUACGUCCCAGAGAUUUCUGCCCUGGACCAGGAGCUCAUCGAGGUGGAUCCUGACACAAAGGAAAUGCUCAAGAUGCUGGAUUUCGGUGGCCUCUCCAACCUUCAAGUCACUCAACCAACUAUUGGAAUGAACUUCAAAACACCACGAGGGCUAUAAAAUCAUGUGAUCAUGCUCUCAAUAAAGAGACAGAGUUGUUAAGAAA